AUGUAUCGCGAAAACUUCGACUUCUCUCUUGAACCAAAAGAGAGGCGUCCACGCAAGUACUUGGUUCUAUACCAAAGCAACUUUGAAGAGCCGCUGAGUUCCAAAGAGUAUUUGAAUGACGUGCGGCACUCCAGCGUUAUGUGGCCUGACAAAAAGGCGACAUCUGAGGUUGGCGAUUUUAACGCAAGGAAUUAUAAGUUGGUGCAAGACUAUGAUCCCGAUGGAAAGGGGGAAUCCGCCCCCCCAUUUUGCCUGACCGUCGAGAUGGACCCGGUGGAUGAGGCCGACUUUGACAAAUGGUAUCGAGAAGAACAUCUCGAUAUGCUGCACAAAUUACCUGGGUAUCGUCGAUCGUCCAGGUAUGUAAUUGGGCCAAAGCUGCCUAUCACUGAAGGCGAGCCUCCGAAGUAUCUGGCCAUCCACGAAAUGGAUGAUUUGCGAGGAUUCAUAGGGAAGGAGGCUGAUGCCGCCAACGACACACCCUGGACAGUGAAGCAUAUUAAGGACAGCAAGGUAUUCAUUCCGAGAGGCUGGGAACUGAUUUAUUCGCAAGGGUAUUGA